AUGCGACUCGGCCCUAGCGGGAUUCGUCUCCAUUAUUUGCCAGGAAUGGAGAGUUACUCGGACAUUCCCCUACACUUAAUUCUCAUAGAAAGUCCUGAGGCAACUACUGUCUGCAAAAGAGCAACAGGUGCAGAUGGGUCCUGUAAGGACACCGAGUCGAAGGACAAGACGGACGUGGAGAUCGAGAUGACGAUGGGGAAACACGUUGGGCUGACCACAGCGGUGUCGCUCAUCGUGGGCUCCGUCAUCGGUUCUGGGAUAUUUAUAUCACCGAAAGGUGUUUUAGAAGACACGGGAUCCGUAGCUCUCUGCCUCAUUGUGUGGGCAGGGUCCGGGAUAAUUGCACUUCUAGGUGGACUGGUGUAUGCAGAGCUGGGCAUGAUUGUGAAGAAGUCUGGAGGAGAGUAUGCUUACCUCCGGCAAGCGUUCGGCAACGUCUUCGCAUACCUGUAUGCCUGGACGUCGAUCAUGGUCAUCAAAACGUCAUCAAUCGCCGUUAUCAGUCUGACCUUUGCGGAAUAUGUGGACACUUUGUUUGAGAUGUGUGGUCAUCCAGAAAUACCAAAAAAACUCGUUGCUGCCGUGGCACUAGUGACUGUAGCGUUGGUGAAUGGUUACAGCACAAAUUUGGCAGCAAGAGUUCAGAUCGUAUUCACAGUGGCUAAAGUCGGCGCCCUUAUUGUCAUUAUUGUUGGUGGAAUGGUUAAACUGGCUGAGGAGAAGAUGACGAUUUAUUUACAACUGUUUCUGGAGGUGGUCCCGUGUUCGCACAAUCCCGAUGUGUAG